AUGGCUGCACUGCAACCAAUUAGGAGAAAACGCGCAUUCCUGCCCAAGGUCAAAACAGGUUGCGGCACAUGCAAAGUACGCAAGGUGAAGUGUGACGAGGCUAAGCCCGAAUGCAAUCGAUGUCUAUCCACAGGUCGCAAGUGCGACGGAUACCCGCCGGCCUCAGAUACGCCUUCCCCAGGUAGCAGCAGCUUAGCCAGUCUCGACGCGCAUCCCAACUUCUUCGCUUCUCAAGCAGAACGUCGAAGCUUCGACUUCUUCCAAUCAAGGGCGUGUCACAGGUUAGGAGGAUAUUUUAAUCGGCCAUUCUGGACACAGGAGGUGUUGCGGGCAGCUACGCACUAUCCAUCCAUCCGACAUCUUGUCUUUGCUCUGGGGACCGCCUACGAAACUUUCGAAAAUGAAGAUUCCACGUCAAGUAGUCGGUAUGAUUCCGUUGCUGGAAAACAUUUCGCGCUUCUGCAGGCCAAUCGAUCCAUUCGCCUUAUGAAUGACCUCUUCCAGUCAGGCUCGAAAGCUCAGUCGGCGGAGAACACGAGCUGCAUCAUUACGGUGUCCAUCCUCUUCACAUAUAUCGCUAGCCUACAAGGACAGUUUGCUCAAGCAAUCGAGCAUGUUCGCUCGGGAUUGAAAGUUUUACAAGACUUCGAGGCUUCUUCAACCCACCAGAGUGUCUACUCAUCGACAUAUCCAGUUCCCUUAGGUGACCUGCGUCGUGCUCUUAUCUCAAUCUACGGACAAGUUCGAUGCAUGAUCAACGACGAAGCGCUGACCCAGUGGCAUCGCGAUCUGCUAAUAUCUGAUUUAGAGCAUGUGGCAUGGUUUCCUUCUAUCACGGAAGCUCACUUGUACGUUGAGAAGCUGUUUUACAACAUGCUUGCUUUCCGGCAGAACUCCGAGUUCAACCCUCCGCGGACACCUGAAGAGCAUGAUGCUUUCGACAGACGACAAAAAGAAAUCGUCUGGGCUCUGGAUAGGUGCAAGGAAGCCGUCGAUCUACUCGCAGCAAUACAACCGCUUACGCCUGGCGCGCGACGAGACGAUAAUGGCAUUGCGAUCUUGCACAUAUACCUCACCAUCAUCGAAAUGCGGAUGGGCAUGAAUGCUCUUCGACCUGAGGAGCGUGAAGCAACUUUCGACCGGCUGGAGCCAUAUCUUGAAAGAAUAUUGGGCUACUGUGACAGGAUUGUCAGAGCGGAUAGACAGGAGUCACGACAAGCGUCGUGUUACUCCGGACUGGGAAUUGUAAUGCCUCUGCACACGGUGGCUGCUCGGUGUCGAAACCCUCAGAUCCGCAUGAAGGCUCUAGAUUUGCUGCGCAGUGGCGCACGGCGGGAGUGUCUGUGGGAUGGUACAAUGACGGGGCACAUUGCGACCAACACUUUCAACAUCGAAGAACAAGCAGCCAAUGAAAACCUGGGUCCGCUUCCAGAUGGACGAAGAACGGUCCCUGAUGAAAGACGUGUUAGAGAGGUCAAGAUCACGUUUGUUGGAGACCGAAAAGCACAAGCUCAGUAUGUGACGGUUGGCAAUUGGAAGCGCAAAGAACGAGGUAUUCAGCAUAUCGUGGAAUGGUGA